GCAUUUGACCCCUUAAAACUUUAUCUUCCAAAAACUAUUAUUAGUUCUUAUAUCCAUAUAACAGUAAUGAGCGAAAAAGUCAAAGCAGCAGUCGUACCAGCUAAAGGUGCUAAGCUGGGAAUUCAGUUGGUUGAUAAACCUACUCCGAAGCCAUUUAUUUAUGAUGAAUCUUCUGGAGAAAGAGGCGAAUUACUUGUCAAGAUCAAAGCUAUUGCUUUGAAUCCUGUCGAUAUCUAUCAAGUAGAAAAUGGACUUUUUGUUGAGGAGUAUCCUGUAAUUCUUGGUAAUGAUGUUGCUGGUAUUGUAGAAGCUGUUGGUGAAGGUGUUACUGAGUUUUCCCCAGGUGAUGAAAUUUGUGGAUUUACCAGGCUGGGAGUUCCUGGUCAUUAUGGUGCAUUUUCUGAGUAUACUUUACUUGAAGCAUCAACUACUUACAAGAAACCACCAAACUUUACUUUUAGAGAAGCCGCAACUAUUCCCGUUUGUACUCUUACAGCGGGACUUGGCUUAUUUGAAUCAUUGAAAUUGCCAGUUCCUUCUGAAAACCACAGUUGGUUCCGUGAAGAAUAUAUCUUGUAUCUUAACGAAUUAGGCGCUGCUUACACUAUUGAUUACAAUGCUCCUGACGUAGUUGAUCAAAUCAAAAAUGCUAGUGAAGGUCGAUUGAAAUAUGCCUUUGAUGCUGUUGGUAGUAAAGAUACUGUUUCUUUAGGUAUACAAGCAUUAAGUUCAAAUGUGAAAAGAGACGGUAUCGAAGUUACACAAGUGACCCUUGGUCGUGCACAUAAAGAACCUAAAGGUUACCUUAAAUGUACUAAUAGAGUUUUAAAAGAGGUUGAAACUAUGUUGCAUGACGGUAGAAUUAGACCAGUUAAUGUUACUAGUAUUCCGGGUGGACUUGAUGGUAUUCUUCCAGCAUUGGAAAAAUUGAAAGUGGGUGAAUUUUAA